CCUCUGCACGAGAGCCGCGUGCCUGCACGGAGGCAUGGACGUCUGUCUGCUAGGAGACUGCCGGACGCCCCUCACAGGACCGGCGGCCAAGGACAUUCUGCUGCCCGCCUCCAGACUAGGACCUCCUCCACAGCAGCGACCGUCGCGGCUACUUCCUGCUCUGCACGGCGCUGUACGAGAGCCGCGUGCCUGCACGGAGGCAUGGACGUCUGUCUGCUAGGAGACUGCCGGACGCCCCUCACAGGACCGGCGGCCAAGGACAUUCUGCUGCCCGCCUCCAGACUAGGACCUCCACCACAGCAGCGACUGUCGCGGCUACUUCCUGCUCUGCACGGCGCUGUACGAGAGCCGCGUGCCUGCACGGAGGCAUGGACGUCUGCUUGCUAGGAGACUGCAGGACGCCCCUCACAGGACCGGCGGCCAAAGACAUCCUGCUGCCCGCCUCCAGACCAGGACCUCCACCACAGCAGCGACUGUCGCGGCUACUUCCUGCUCUGCACGGCGCUGUACGAGAGCCGCGUGCCUGCACGGAGGCAUGGACGUCUGUCUGCUAGGAGACUGCAGGACGCCCCUCACAGGACCGGCGGCCAAGGACAUCCUGCUGCCCGCCUCCAGACCAGGACCUCCUCCACAGCAGCGACCGUCGCGGCUACUUCCUGCUCUGCACGGCGCUGUACGAGAGCCGCGUGCCUGCACGGAGGCAUGGACGUCUGUCUGCUAGGAGACUGCAGGACGCCCCUCACAGGACCGGCGGCCAAGGACAUACUGCUGCUCGCCUCCAGACCAGGACCUCCUCCACAGCAGCGACCGUCGCGGCUACUUCCUGCUCUGCACGGCACUGUACGAGAGCCGCGUGCCUGCACGGGGGCAUGGACGUCUGUCUGCUAGGAGACUGCAGGACGCCCCUCGCAGGACCGGCGGCCAAGGACAUCCUGCUGCCCGCCUCCAGACCAGGACCUCCUCCACAGCAGCGACCGUCGCGGCUACUUCCUGCUCUGCACGGCGCUGUACGAGAGCCGCGUGCCUGCACGGGGGCAUGGACGUCUGUCUGCUAGGAGACUGCAGGACGCCCCUCGCAGGACCGGCGGCCAAGGACAUCCUGCUGCUCGCCUCCAGACCAGGACCUCCUCCACAGCAGCGACCGUCGCGGCUACUUCCUGCUCUGCACGGCGCUAAUGCGACUGAGUCGAGGAAGACGUAUAUGGCCGCAAUAGACGAGAGAGACGCUAUUGGAUUCACGCCACCUGGACGCUCUACAGAGACCAGCUCUACGCUGCGAGACUGGCACAGCCUCUGCUCCGUGCCAGAAACACCUGCCACAUUUGUUCACCGCACGAGCAAUGGAACCAUAAGAACUCCUUUUUAAUCACAGUCAUUUUGUGCAUAAAUAUAUGUAAAUAAAUAUAUUAAUUUUUAUAUAUUAAAA